GUUUACAAUGCUAAGUGACCAGUUAUUUAAAGGUGUAUUCUCACAAGAACAAUUGUGUCUAAAUUGUUCAUAUGAAAUGUAAAAUAAAAAUACUCAAAUACAUUUUAAAACAUUACGACACUUUAUUACUAAAAGCUGCUGUAACAAUAAAAAUAUUGUACCAUAUUAAUGAUAAUUCUAUACCACAAAAUAUUUGUUGUAAUGCAAUGCGUUUGCACAUUUAGUUUAUUGCAACUAUUGUUUUUGCUAGUGGUUGUCAAACUGCAAGCCGCCAGAUGGCGCCAGAGGACCACGGUUUUUUACAUUUAUGAGCUAUAGAAUUUAUCAUAAAUUACAUGUAAUCAAACAUCACAGAAUGUAACCCACAAAAUAGAUAUUUAGCACUGUAUAGUUUUUAGUCAUUUGUUUUCACAGCAUUGUGCAUUACUAACACCUGUAGGUAAUGUUAUACUGAUAGAAACACGCGCUGAUAUUGCCCUCUAGUGGAUAUAGUCUAAAUGACCGGGACUUCUUGAUCGUUUAAAGGCAUUUCAGGCUAAACCCCAGUCCAAAAAUGAUGUCUGUAGAGCAUAUUUGUACAAUAUUUGCUUUUAAUACCCCCUGAGGUUAAAUUAACCCAUGAAAAUGUGAGGUGUACGCUACAAAAUAAGGAAAAAAACAACUUACAAAAAUAACAAAAGGAGUUUUUUAAAGAUUACGUGGCAGAGAGACAAAUUACAGCCUAUCAGAGAAUGAAUUUUAAUAUAGAAAACACAAUGUAUAAGAAACAAGAAGCUUAAAGAAAUAAAGGUAAUUGAAUCAGUUGCUGUAUACGUAUUUGGUUGAUCCUCUCUUGUUUUUUGACUACAGCAAUCAUUCUCUUGAUUUUUUGUCCUUGUAAAUGCAUCUUUAUGUUUUAAUAAAUGGCAGUGUUGGAAAUCUUUUUAGGUCACUACUGUAAGAGGACCAGGUUUUUCAUUUUAAAGAGAAAAAUUGGAUUCAGAUAGGGAAAAUGUCGAAUUUUGCCACCGUUAUCACCAAUUAAAAAUAUUACAGUCUCAUUUAUAAUGUUUUUUUUUUUGAUAAAGCACUAAAAUAUGCUGGAAGUUGAACAACGAAACCGUGAACUAUGACCAAGAACCAUGCAGACCAAGACCAUGUUUAUGAAUCAAGACUUACAAACCUAUACAUUUUACACAACAUCUAGUUCAGUAAAGUUCACAAAAUAAUAAUAAAAGAUUCAUAUACGUUUGUACCGCACCGACAGCACGAACAGCAAGUUGUUUCAACUGCUGUCAGACAGUAACACACUUCUUUUACAAACUAGCUUCUGCACAAACAAUUUUCCACGUUCCAUCUAUAAUGGUUUUGUGUUUUUACUUCUAGCCAAUCUGGGAGAGAAACAACAUCACACUCUACAAGGUGCAAACAAGCAACAUGUGAUAUCAUUCAGAGAUCCUUGUGACUUUUCAUUUGCUUUCAUGAGGAUUGUUAUCUCAUCUGUUCUUGAUAACAGAAGCAUUAACGCUUGAGGUCAAACCUUGUGAGAGAGAAGUGGCCUGAUCAAGUGCCUUUAGAGAGUGUGUUGAUAAACAAGCUCUUACACUGAAGGUGACCUCUGAUAACUGAUCUCAGACCUGCUACAUGAAGCCAUAGAGAUGUUUUUCAAAGCUGUGUCCGCCGCUGCAUUCAACUGUUAUGUGAGGUUUUACAGUGAAGAUGGUGAAUCUAAUGGUUUCCAUUAUAAAUACCAUUAUGAACCAUUUGCUGUUUACCAUUAAAACCAUUACAAAAUUCCUUUAUGUACAGUGUUGGGCUUUUUGGUGUUCCACUGGUUCCCAUCAGCCGAAUAACAUCCCACUAAUAGAAGCCAACACAUGCCCAGUAAAAACCAUCAGAGACCAUUAUGGUUUCCAUUAAAACCAAUACAAUUGCCAUAACAACUAUUAAGUACAUUAUGAUUUCUGUAAUAGGUUUUAUUGCAAAUGGAAAAUUGUGGCCAGUUACAAAAAACCCUCAACAGAGAGUCAAAUAGAGUGAAGUAGGACACGCCUGUUCCACAGGUAGAAAAACGUCUGUGCCAAGAACUAACACUUGCACUGUUACAAUGAGAAACCAUUGAGUUGUUUGAUCAUUAUUAACUGAAUUGAAGGACAAGAAUCAUUAGAAGGUAACAUUUUUGCUGAAUAAUUUAGAACGUUUAAACUAUUCCAACACUGUAAAAAAAUGUUGUUUUUUUUUAAAUGGUUACCUGCAAAUUGUAAGUUAAUUCAAUCAAUGACUUUCUCGUUGAGUUGACUAAUAUUUUUAAGUAGAAUUAACUCAAAAGUUUAAGACAACCAGGUAACUUUUUGUUUGUUUGUUUUUGUUGAACCAACAGUUUUUUACAGUGUUAAUGUUUUUGUUACAAUUACAAAGUGAGGCAAGCUUUUUGACCAUAAGUAAUUUUAAUGACAAAAAUUGUUAAAAGGCAACUUUUGUGUUUAAAUUCAAAAUAGAAACUACUCAAAUAUUCUUUUAUAUGUAUUUUAUAAACUCUUUAUAUUUGUUUUUGUGUAUUUAAAUGAUUCUAUACUUUGUAUUGUUUAGAAAUGAACUAGGCUAUUUUCUUCUGCGUUGAUGGACCGGCGCUGGAGUGUGGAGUCUCUGGAAGAUCAGCUCCGUUGCCCCGUGUGUCUGGAGAUCUUUACCGAGCCUCUGAUCCUCCAGUGCGGUCACUCGUACUGCCGCGGGUGCGUGCGCGCUAUAAGCGUGAACCCGCUCGGGCAGCUGCAGUGUCCCGUGUGCCGCUGCGCAGUGGACGCAGACUGUCCUCCGCCCAAUGUAGCGCUGGCUCGUAUCGUAGACGCCGUUCGGAGCCUGAACACACCCGAUGAGGGCCCGUUGGAGAUCUGCGCUCAACACAACAACCCGCUCAGUCUUUACUGUGAGGACGACCGGGCGCUCAUCUGCGGGCUGUGCGGGAGUAUCGGGGCGCACCGGGCGCACAAGGUCACGCCCAUUAACAGCGUCUACAGCAGCAUGAAGGAGGACAUCUCAUGUUUGAUGACUGAGUUUCAGACUCAGAGGAGGAAGCUUGAGGAGCAGAUCUGUAAAAUGGACUUUAAUAAAUCUCGCAUCACCAAUGAAUCAGAUGUGUUAAAGUGGGUGGUGCGGAAGGAGUUUGGAGAGCUCCGCCGCUGUUUGGAGCUGGAGGAGGCAGGUUUCAUGGAGAAGGUGGAAAACGCUGCCUCCACCCUUAUCUCCUCCAUCCAGAGACAGGCUGAACACGUGAGCCAACUGCUGGCCAAGAUCCAGUCUGCUGAGGCCACACUAGAUGCUCUGAGCAAUGACGGCCAUCUGGAGUUCAUCGCUAAAUAUGGAUCCAUUGCUCCAAGAUUGCGUGAAGGCCAGCAGAGGGAGCAAAGAGAUGAGAAAAUAUACAGCUCCAUCCAAUUUAAUCCUGGAUUCAGCCACAAUGAUAUUAAAAUGUAUGUGUGGAAACGACUUCACAGGAGAGUCCUGCCCGCACCAGAGCAUUUGAAGUUCGACCCCUUGACAGCCCACCCUAUGCUGCAUCUCAGUAAAGACAGCACCAAGGUUGAGUGUGGCAUCCUCCUCAAUCGCCUGCCCAAUAAUCCCGAGCGUUUCAGCUACAGCUACUGCGUGCUCGCCUCUCGGGGCUUCUCCUCCGGCAAACACUACUGGGAAGUCCAGGUGGGCGCCAAACCCAAAUGGCGGAUCGGACUGAUCAAAGGAACCGCGUCACGUAAAGGCAAACUCUUCAAAAGCCCAGAGAACGGAGUGUGGCUGAUGGGCCUGAGGGAAGGCCGCUUGUACGAGGCUUUCACCACUCCACGGGUAGUUCUGCCCCUCAGCACCCACCCGCAGCGUUUAGGAGUUUUUCUGGACUACGAGAGCGGACAGAUCACUUUCUAUAAUGCGGACAGCGAGGAUGAGCUUGGAUUUAUCUACUCGUAUCAAGCCGAGCUGCAGGGAAAAGUGUUCCCGCUGUUUGAUGUGUGCUGGCACGAGCGCGGAGUCAACAAGCUGCCCCUCUCCCUGACACAAGCUCUCACUCACAGAUAAAGAGCUUGAUGCUAGAACUUCUCCAAUAAAAACACUGUCCGUUCAAGUUACGGUUCUUAAAGGUCCAGUGUGUCAUUUUUUGGAGGGUCUUUUGCAGUGGUGUAAAGUAUUGGAGUAAAUGUACUUAGUUACUUUACUUAAGUAUCUUUUUGGCUACUUUGUAGUUGUACUGAGUAUUAAAGAUAUUAGCAACUUUUACUCUCUACUUAACUACAUUUUUGAACAAGUAUAUGUACUCUUUACUCCACUACAUUUGUAAUGACUAAUGCAGUUACACAUUACAUUUUGCAUGGCACCUAUCUUAUAAUUAAUAUUGCUAUUUACAGGGCAAUUUACAAAUCUACAAUCUUGUGGAUUUUGCUCUAACUUACAAAAACUUGUCAACAUGUCUUCAUUAUAUGAAUAUGAGUGCAGUAUCAGGUAGAUGUCAAUCGCUGGCGGUUUAUACAUGGUUAGCCCUUACCCGCUAUUUCUACAGUAAUAUAUUGGCAACACUGUUGCCAGCUAGUUACUGUAGGUCACACAUCUAUAGCUCUUAUUUUAAAAACUAACUCUUCCUAAAUGUGCUCUAAACAUGUUUGCUCAAAAUUUGACCAUGUGGUGGGACUAUUGCCAUGAAGUGAUGUAAACCAGUAAAAAGAAUGUAUAGUAUUUCAAUUUUCAAAAGUGCUCUCACACUAUAUAGACAAAAUAUUAACCUAUAGAAUGAGUCGGACACAGAGAAAUGAACAAUCCACAUAUGAAUCUCAACAAUGGUGACAAUCAACUGAACAGCUUCAUGCUGCAAUGCAUGCUGGGUACAUAGUACAAAACUCAUUCAUGAUUGUUUGUCACCAUUGAUGAGGUUUGUAUGUCAAGUGUCUAACUGUGUCUCAAUUGCAAAGAAAGAUUUUCUGACAGA